CCUAAGUAUACUACACUGCCGGAGACGAGAGCGAGGUUCCCUUCAGUAUUCUGCUCUAAGUCUCUAGCGUCAGCCUGAUAUGGUGAAGAAGAAGACGAAGAAGACAGAUACUACUGUCGAGGGCGGCAUCGUUUCUGCGUCAGCGAUAGCGGCGCAGGUGUCGCGUCGCAAUGUUCGCGGGAAAAGGGGUGGGCUCAAGGACAUGCCCAACAUGCCACUCGAUGUCUUGUUCGAGAUCUUUUGUCACUUACAUCCUCGGGAUUUGUUGAAUCUGGCGAGAACGGAUAAGAGUUUCCGCUCUACGCUCAUGAGUCGAAACGCUGCUCCGUUGUGGAAAGCUGCUCGACUGAAUGUGGAAGGCUUACCGGAUUGUCCGGCCCAUCUCAGUGAGCCAGCUUACGCCAACCUCGUUUUCUUUGUCCAUUGUCAUAAUUGUCUCAAAUCAAACAUUCCUACCAUCCUGUGGGAGUUUUCAGCCCGCCUCUGUAGUGGCUGCAAGAGAAUACUGACUGUUAGAGGACUCUUACAUGAUGACAUGGACGUGAUUCGUGCAAUGAAGAAGCCAAUUUUUGAAGUACACAUUCGGCUGCACGAUUCGCACAGGGCUGGCCUCUUUUUCCUACCUGAACUUGAAGACCUGAAGAAAACAUGGAACAGCUUGCCAUCAGCUGCGGCCAAGAAUGUAUUCGUCGAGGAAAGAGUGGCAUGGGUUGCACAGAGACGGCAGUUCGGUCAAGUCUGUCGAGCAUGGGCCGAAAAGAGGGCAGAAUCAAGGUCGAAUGAACUGCAACAGAUUAAACGCAACCGGGUGGAAACCAUCGUGUCGAAGUUACGCGCCCUCGGUUGGGGUGACGAGCUCGACCGUAUGUUGGGACCAGCUUACUUUCCCUUGUCCCUUCACGUGCAUGUCCGUCCUGCAAAGCGAUUGACUGAAACAGCCUGGAGGAAAAUAAGCGCGGACAUGAUUCAAUAUAUGCAAGAAAUCAAGAGAAAUCGCCUCGAGUCUGAAAGAAAGUACAUUCUGCAGCAGCGUUUCCGCGCACUCUGCUCGAUCAUUUCUGACUUUUAUGCCGAACCUCCUGGAAUGCCGGAAUACGAGUGCAAGCCUUCGAUAGCGGAUUUUGCCAUGAUGCCUGCAUUCCGAGAAAUCAUCGACUCGACCAACGAUACAGUCAUCGAUGCCACGACUUUUCUUCCAUUGCGCGACCAGCUCCCUAUGUUAAUUGAACAAUGGCAGGCUGACGUCAAAGAGCAGCUCAGGCGCAUCGUCCAGACUCGCGCACAUGGCGACAUAGCGAUAGAUCCUCUUGACCUGGCCACGACGGUGUUUGAAUGUACGGGCUGUACAAGAACCCUUCAAUAUCCGAACAUCAUAAAGCAUUCAUGCUUGCGUUCCAAUACUCUAUACUGCUAUAUCGACGCCGAGUUCUCCACCGUUUACGAAAAGGCACUCUACAACGGUAUAACCAACGAAUGCGCCUGGUCUACCGACGGGCUCCGCGUCUCUGACGCAAUGAGCCACUUCAAACGUAUCGUUACUCUGUGUGGCAAAGAUCCCAUCUCCACUACACAGCAAGAGAUGGACGCACUGGACGUCAUGCUCUAUCGCCCCAUCGACCUCGCUGAACCGCAUGGCCCACAAAGGGCUUACACAUGGCGUGCUGCAAUCAUGGACUGGCAUGUGCUGCCGUGUAUAAACAACAUACCUUGGACGGUAGUUUCCCAUGCACAAUUGAAGAGAAUUCGGGAAUCCGGGAGCCUCGAUUCCUCUCAUGAUCACAUAAAGUUUCUAUAAGAAAGUGGACACGGCAUCAAAUGGAUGAUGCGUCUUCAUUGCAGCCUUCCCAUCGGUAUCCAUAUGUAGUGUUGUACAUAUGAUAAACGCAUACACGUACAUAGCAACAUAACAGAGCUGAAGUCGCUAGGAACAUUCGAAACAAUAUUAGCACCGGGCGAAAUGAUGAG